UGCUCAUUCGGAGUUCAUUACCCAAAACCAAACUCAAACCUUUAAACAGAUCUUUUGCUCCUCCAUACGAUGGCUUUAGAAUCAUUUGCUUUCAAUGUUGCCCAGAAAGUCCUUGAAAAGCUAGCUUCCAAAGCCUACCAAGAAAUUUCAAUUGCGUGCGGUGUUCAAGGGGAACUGAAAAAGCUUGAGGAUGUCUUGAUGACUGUUAAAGCUGUGCUGUUGGAUGCCGAGGAGAAACAAGUGACCAAUAAUGAUGUGCGAGUGUGGCUGAUUAAGCUUAAAGAUGUUCUUUAUGAUGCUGAAGAUGUACUCGAUGAAUUUGAAUGUGAGACUCAGAGAAAGCAAUCGCUUAAAUUAUAUGGAAGCACCACCAAAAAGGUGGGUCGCUUUUUUUCAUCCUCUAAUCCACUUGCUUUCUCUUUUAAAAUGGGUCAUAAAAUAAAACAAAUAAGAGAGCAAUUAGAUGAAAUUGCAUCUCAUAAGGCUAAGUUUCAUCUUAAUGAACGAGAUGAAGGUAGGCGUUCCAUGCCUAAGGAAAGAGCGAUGACCCACUCCUUUGUAAAUGUGUCUGAUAUUAUUGGAAGAAAUAAGGAUAAAGAAAAUAUCAUCAGACUUUUACAAAAGCCUAAUGAUGGUGGAAAAAUCGAUGUUAUUCCUAUUGUUGGAAUUGGUGGUUUGGGGAAGACUGCACUCUCUAAAUUAGUUUAUAAUGAUGAACGAGUGCAAAAUCAUUUUCAACUUAAGAUGUGGGUAUGCGUAUCAGAAGAUUUUGACAUAAAAAAUUUGAUUGAGAAAAUUAUUAAAUGUGCCACCAGUGAUGGAGAGAACAGAAGCAAUUUGGAAGUGGAACAAUUGCAAAAAAUCUUGCGAGAAAAAAUUGGUGAUAAAAAAUACUUUCUCAUUUUAGAUGAUGUGUGGAAUGAAGAUUCUAUGAGGUGGGAUCCAUUACAAGAGCUUUUGUUUACAGGUGCUAAUGGAAGCAAAAUUUUAGUAACUACGCGUAGUAAGAAAGUAGCCUCCAUUAUGAGCACCAUUUCAGAACCAUAUGAGUUAUCAGGUCUUCCGCAUGAUAAGUGUGUGGCUUUGUUUACUAAAUGUGCAUUUAAAGAAGGUGCAGAGAAGCACUAUCCAAACUUGUUAAAAAUUGGGGAUGAAAUUGUGAAAAAAUGCAAAGGGGCUCCAUUAGCAGUGAAGACUUUAGCAUCACUUCUUUUAACAAAUAAAGAUGAAAGUUAUUGGAAAUUUAUAAGAGAUAGCGAGUUGUGGAAAAUAGAGCAAAAAGAAAAUGAUAAAAUUUUACCUGCUUUAAGAUUAAGUUAUGAACAAUUGCCUGCUUAUUUGAAAAAGUGCUUUGCUUAUUGCUCCUUUUAUCCAAAGGAUCAUGAAUACGCAAGUUUUAUAUUAAUUCAAUUUUGGAUGGCACAUGGACUUCUUGAAUCAACAAAUGAAAAUGAAGAUUUAGAAGAUAUUGGAUUGCGAUAUUUUCAGGAGUUGGGGUCUAGAUCUUUUUUUCAAGAUUUUGAGGUCUAUGAUUGGCUUAUUAUGUGUAAAAUGCAUGAUUUAUUACAUGAUCUAGCAUUAUCAUUGACGCAAAAUGAAUUUUCAACAAUAAUCUCAACCACCACACACAUCUCAAAGAGUGUCCGCCAUCUGUUAUUUCCCGACUUCACUUCACUUCCCCAUGGUGUUUCCACUCUCUUACAAGAUUUAGAGCAUGUGCGCACUGCCCUAUUUAUGAGAACUGAGGAAAUCAGUCAAUCAGCCUUGGAUUUAUGUUUGUCAAGAUUAAAAUAUUUGCGGAUGUUGGAAUUGUCACAAUACAAAUUAGAUGUAUCGCUGGAAAGGAUUGGGUCUUUAAAGCAUUUGAGGCUUUUAUUUUUACCUGAAAUUAAAAAGGUCCCCAAUUCUAUUUGCAAGUUACAGAAUUUACAAUCUUUGUUACUUGCUACUGAGGAGUUACCCAAUGAUAUAAGGUACUUGAUCAGCCUUAGAUUUCUAAGUUUUUCCACAAAGCAGAAGUGUUUGGCAAAGAAUGGACUAGGCUGCUUGACUUCUCUUAGGCUUUUGUGCAUUAGUGGCUGUGAAAAUUUAGAAUACUUGUGUGAAGAUAUGCAAGGCCUCAAACAUCUUCGAACACUUACUAUUUUUAGAUGUGAAAGCCUAAUCUCUUUGCCUCAAAGUAUGAAAUACCUCACUGCAUUGGAGACUCUUCAUAUCGAGGAUUGUGAAAACCUCAAAUUGACGAUGGAGGAAGGGAAAGCCGAUCAUGACUUGGCUCGAUUCAGCCUUCAAAGGCUGAUACUCAUAAGUUCACCAGAAUUGGUAGAGUUUCCAGAAUGGCUUCUUCGAGGAUCCACCAACACUCUGCAACUCUUAAAACUAAGAUGGUGUGAUAACCUCAAAGAAUUGCCUAGGUGCCUACAGAAUAUAGUAUCUCUUCAAAAACUUGUGAUUGAAGAUUGUGGUGAAUUGAGCGAAAGAUGUGAACGUGGAAAAGGUGAAGAUUGGUCCAAGAUUGCUCAUAUCCCUAAAAUUGUUCUUGACGGUUCUGAAAUCAAUUCAACAGAUGAUUCUUCAACAAGCGAAGAUUAAAUAUCAUGGCAACUCUGCUGAAAAUGCCAACUGCUAAAUGUAAUAAUGUUUGUAUUUGAUGUUGUGCUGGUGCUGUGUUGUAAAUUGCCAAUACAUGUGUUUUAUAUUGUAAAUAAUGCUUAUGAAACUUGUUAAUCAAAUAUUUGUAUCUCUAAACUGUUGUUUCUUUUACUUUUAUAUUGUAACUAUAAAAACUAUUUAUAUUUGUGAUAGUGCUUCAUCUUUGUUUAUGAUCAAGUCGUAAGAAAUUUUGCUCAUGAUGGAAAGAUAGUUAUUUUCUCUGCUCACCAAACCAAUUUCGAUGUCUUUGAUAUGCUUGAUGACCUCUUCCUCCUUUCUGGCAGAGAAGUUGUUUAUUUGGAGAAGCAAAGAUGGCUACAAAGGUGAGCUAAGUUCAAAUUUGAAUUAUAUUUGAUCAAUAAAAGAAAAAGGUAUAGUAUCAUGUUUGUUAGGAAGUAAAUGAAUGAAAUAUGAUAUCGAAAAAUGAUUUUCCAGUCCAUAUGCAUACUGUCUUAUAUCACAAUUGUUCGCUGAAGCUGCAUUUCCUUGUCCAAGAAAAAAGAAAUCCUCUUGAUCAUUUCCUCUGAUACAUUACUUCAUUCGAAUGGUAGCUGCUUUAAAGUAAACGCAAAGACAAUUUGUACGUUUAAUUUAACAGUUUGUGCUAUGUGUUUCCACUAAUACUAUAGUUAAUUUGUUUGGAACAUUUUGUCUUCAGGGAUUCCUGAGUCAACAUGACUACAUCAAAGAUCAAGAUAAUGCUUGUCAAGAAAUAACGUGUUUCUACUUAUUCAACAAAAACAAGGAAAAGAUUACAAGAAUCACGCGUAUU